UUCGAAAUCGCAACGCAAACCCGAAAAUCCCUAGAGUGAGAGGGAUGCAGAAGAGGGAACAGGGCAAGUCCGGUGGAUCCGCCGGAGGUGGGGCGGCGCCACCGGCCAAGAGGGGCCGUCCAUUCGGAAGCGGUAGUAGCAGUGCCUCCGCAUCGGCUUCGGCCGCCGAUUCGGCAGCUCCGUCAACCCUUCUUGGUCCUUCCCUUCACGUUCACAACUCCUUUGCCGAUCAGAACAAUAAAAGAAUUGUUUUAGCUCUUCAAAGCGGUCUGAAGAGUGAGCUGACCUGGGCUCUGAAUACUCUUACUCUGCUCUCAUUUAAAGAAAAGGAUGACAUGCGAAAGGAUGCAACUCCCCUUGCGAAAAUUCCNGGCUUGCUUGAUGCACUCCUUCAAGUUAUAGAUGAUUGGCGGGAUAUAGCACUCCCAAAGGAAUUAGCCAAGUCAACAAGAGUCAGAACAUUAGGUGCUAGUUCUGUUGUGACAGGAUUUGGGAAUGAAUAUCAGGCGUUGGGCUCGACUAGUGCUCUCCACCGCCCCGGUGUUGGAUCAGGCUCUGCUGGUACAGAAUCAACACAGCACAGUGGUGUGACAAAAUCUCGUUUUACAGAGUUAUGGCUUGAUGAAGAUGGUCUGUUUAAUUUAGAUGAUGAAGGGCGAGCAGAAAAACAGCAAUGUGCUGUUGCUGCUUCAAAUAUCAUCAGGAACUUCUCUUUCAUGCCAGAUAAUGAAGUUAUAAUGGCCCAACAUCGUCAUUGUUUGGAAACAGCCUUCCAAUGCAUAGAAGAUCAUCUUGUAGAGGAUGAUGAACUUGUCACAAAUGCUCUGGAGACAAUUGUUAACUUAGCUCCCCUGCUGGAUCUUCGAAUAUUUAGCUCAUCCAAACCGUCAUUUAUUAAAAUAACAGAAAAACGGGCAGUUCAGGCUAUCAUGGGGAUGUUGGAAUCUGCAGUCAAAGCCUGGCAUUGUGCUGCCGCUGAAUUACUCGGGCGUUUGAUCAUUAAUCCUGACAAUGAACCUUUCUUGCUGCCAUUUUUUCCGCAGAUACACAAGCGCUUAAUUGAUCUCAUCAGCAUGCCGGCAUUAGAUGCACAGGCAGCUGCUAUAGGUGCACUCUAUAACCUUGCAGAAGUAAAUAUGGACUGCAGGUUGAAGAUUGCUAACGAGAGAUGGGCUAUUGAUCGAUUGCUUAAAGUGAUAAAGACACCGCAUCCAGUUCCAGAAGUUUGCCGGAAAGCUGCCAUGAUAUUGGAAAGCCUAGUUUCUGAACCGCAGAACAGAAGUUUGCUGCUAGCUUAUGAGAAUGCGUUUGCUGAGAUACUUUUCACUGAUGGAAGAUAUUCUGAUACAUUUGCAAGGAUAUUGUAUGAACUAACAUCUAGACCAAAUAACAAAGUUGCAACGGCUCGUGGCAUAUGGGGUAUGUAAACGCCAAACCUUGAUACGGUAUUCCUUAGUGAUUAGUUGUUCUACAUAUAGUUUUUCUACUUGGAUUAGCUUUUUGGAUGACUGGUUCCUUUGAAGAUUCAAAUUAUAUAUGUACAUGUCUUCUCUCUAGGAUUGUACAAUACCUCGUGUGUAUUAAGUUGUAAUGUACUCCAGUUGUAUGAUGACAAAUCCUUUUAGUUUCUAUUUUUUCUUCA